AUCUAUGUGUGUGUGUGCUCGGAGGGUGAACGGAGAGUUUUGGAUGUGAUCCAGAGCAGAGUGCAUUAUAUUUAUAUCCGAGAGGAAGAGGAGAGGAGGACGAUAUGGGGAACUUCAUGCCAAAGAAGUCGGGAGGCUGGGAAGGAGAUGAUCGCUACCUACAAACAGAGUUUAAACUUAUGGACACAGACAAUGACGGACUAUUGUCAACAGGACAGUUGACAAACCUACUUCUGGCUCUUGGUUUCGGAGGCGAUGAAGCACAGACUGAGAUGCUGCUGAAAGGAAUGAACAAGGAAAGAGAAGAUACACUCUCCGAGGAGGAAUAUGUCGAAGCCGUGAAAUCCAACGAGGAAAUCUUUGUGAAAACGAGCAAACUGCGAGUUAUUUUUGGAAACUUUGAUGACACUAACGAAGGGAAGGUUUCAAAGUCAAAGAUCAAAAGAAGGCUACUGGUCAUGGGAUUUGAAGUGGACGAAGCGAUGACAAAGGCAAUAGAAGAAACUGAUGCGGAUAGAGACGGAUUCGUUACAUACGAUGAGUUUCUUACAAAGCAUCUCAAAAAUAAAGGAUUCAUUCAAAAGUAGCCAGUAGCUGAGAAAUUAGUAAUUUUCAAAUAAUUUCUAAUUCAAAGAAACUAUGGACGAGGACGGCGGAGAAUGGAAUGAAUCCCAAAUUAUUGUCUGACAAACGAAAUUUAUCGUAGGAGUGAUGCAAUAUGUAUGAGAAAAGAGAUACGAGGCCUUUUAAACCACUUUGCAACUGGAAAGAUUUUCCUGAAUUAACACGAAGAAAUAAAGUUUGUGCAGUAUCAAAGUUAAAAGCCAACUAUCUCAACAUGUAACUGAUUAAAGAUAGGUCUGCGCCAAUCGUAAAAAAUGAGAAUAAAUAUAUAUAAAUUCUGUUGCUCUUGACUAUAACUCGAAAGAAGUUUUUAACAUUUUCACCCCGCUUAUAUAAUGAAUAUAUUGGCACAACUAUCACCAUCGUCAUGCGAUUUAGUAUCAAAUUCUCAUCACUAUCAUGUAACUUAUAUCAUAAUAAAUAAUGAUAAUUAUUAUAUACUAUUAUGAUAUGAUUGCUCUGAUUUUAUAUUGUAUAUAUUAUCAUGUCCAGUCCAUGUACGUAUGUUCUAAUAAAAUGCUAUGUCUAUUUUGGUUUUUCAAUUCUUUAAUGUACACGUGAAAUUUCAUCAGUUUUGAUGAUCAAAGUUACCUGCAACAAGUCCAAUUUGUCCUUAUCUAAUUAAAAUCUAGAUGGUCAUUCUAACUACGUUACAUAGACAUCUAACAACAUCGUAUAAUGGGUCACGUCAGGAUGACCUUUUGGAUUAACUAAUCAAAUUACUACUCACAGAAUCUUGGAAGUGAAUUCCGUAUAUGACUUGCAUUUCGGCAAACAAAGCAUAUAGUAAUAUUUAUGUUGUACCGAAAUGGUUACCUUCAGACGCCUGGUCUGACGAAUUGGUGUGAUCGAUGACUUUGAAAAAUUGUCAAUUCGACCUAAAAGUGAAAUAUUAAGAUCACAAAGGUCAUCCUGACGUGACCCCUUAUGCGAUAUCGUUAGAUGGUCAUGUAAUGUAGUGAUAAUUACAAUCUAGAUUUUAAUUAGAUUGUUGAGACCCAUAAAGCUUUUAAAGAGCUUUUCCAUAUCUGUUGUCACUGUCCUCAUUUCAUUCUUUAUAACGCCUUACCCGAUUCUUUCCUCUCUUUCUCCACCGUUCGUCUCCACAUCGUCUCUGGCCGUCUCCUUUUCCGGUUCCCAGGUCUAUAUCAUAGCCACAUAGCAGGCAAUGUUCUUAUUUUUCCUCAUAGGGGCCGCGGUGGUCGAGUGGUUAAAGUAUCUCGACACUUUAUCACCAGCCCUCCAUCCCUGGGGAGCGAGUUCGAAACAUAUAUGGAGCAGUUGCCUGUUACUGACCGUAGGUCGGUGGUGUUUUUCCGAGUUCUCCGGCUUUCCCCCACCUCCAAAACCUGGCACGUCCUUUAAUGACCCUGGCUGUUAGAAGGACGUUGAACAAAAUAAACCAAACCAAAUGCCCCAUAAUGUGUCCUAUCAAUCAAUGCCACUUUAUCUUCUCGCUCAAUGGUCUCGGAUGUGCUCUUUCUAAUCGGUUGCCUUUUCUCACAUUCUUGUUUUAAUUUUGUAUUGAUUUCCUGCAUUUAUCCUCAUCACUCUAGUUUUCAAGAUAUUGAUAUUAAGUCACACUCUUCUUGCGUCUAGACUUGUUUUGUCCUGUAUUUGUUGUUUGGAUGAGGAGAAUAGGAUAUCUGCAAAGUCUAGAUCGUCCAUCUUUAUGUUGAUCUCCGUCUGAUGACGUUCUCGACAUUGCCAGCUGCUUUUCUCAUCAACCAAUCCAUAAAAAUGGAAACUAUAAGCCAGGACAUAAGCAUACAUAUAAAAUGUUCUGAAAGAUCCCUCCAUCCUCAUUGGUCACAUGUAUCAUCAGCUGAGUAUGCUCAGCCUGUUGUAUAUAUGUGAAGUAUAGCAUCUGUUAAAAAAAUAUGCUUGAUAGUAAUUUUUCUGACAAUUUCUCUUACAUUUUUGACAAGCACGACCUAUGCAUAAAUGCACAUGAAUUUUUGGUCAAUGCCUGUCAAUAACUAAUUAUUGUAGAUAUAGUUUAUAUUAAAUAUUGUAUGUAUAAUCAAAAUGUAUGAAUGAUGUGUGAAUGUUUAUGUUUGAGUUACCCCCUUAAAUGUUUGUUAUUCAUGUAAUUUUUUAUUUCAUAGUAAAUUUAUAUGUCUAAUAUUUAUAUUUAUGCUAUCCACUUGCCACCUAAGGAGAGAACUUGGCCUGUUAUUCUAUCCUUUUGACUUAUACCAUCGAAUGUCAAUAAAAUAUGUUGAAAUGAAGGGGCA